GGCGCGAUCCUCAAGGGCUCCAGCCGGGAACGCCUCUGCAACAGCGUUCAGCCCGGCGCCGUGCUCGAGGAGAUGGAGAAAAAGCACAUCGAUCCAGUGCCCAAGACCGAGCAAGAUGCCGUGCUGGUCGGCAUGUCUCUGAAGGAGGCCAAGCCUCAUCAGAUCACAUCCUGGCUCGAGGCUGCGUCGGGGCCUCCGCCUGCUCAGUGCGACCAGCAAACUGGCGUGCAAUAUUGCAAGAAUCCAGUGAUGCACAAGAACUUCCUUGAGCAUUGCGAGAAGCUUAAUGAAGGCUGGCAGUUCCUCGAGUCGGCCAAGCACUCAAAGCUCAGGACACAUGCCGAUGCCGUGGAGACAAUCGAUGUCAGUGACUGUGGCAACAAGCUGUCGCAGCCUGACGUCGACUCCGUGUCCUGGCUCGGCUCACAAACAGCUUGCUACAUCAUCAAGACGCGGGAAGAGCACAAAGUCGCCGUCCUGGACGCUUACAAGGCUGUAAAGAAGAAGGUGAGCGAUUUGCCAAAAGGAGUUCGCGAUACCGCGCUCUUUAAGCGGAAGUAA